AUGGACACCCCCCUCUCUCCGACCUCGUCCACCGCCGCCACGACCCCUCUCCCUCCGGCGGGCACCUCCCCCACCGAUAGACCUCUGAAGCAAACUCGCUCUCCGGCGCCGCUAUCGCCCCAUGAAAACAAUGGGCAGUCGGCGUCGAUACCACAGGCCCAAGCUACCAAACUAGUACCUCCUACACCACCACAACCGCCUAUUCCACACCUAUCCCUCCAUCCCGCCACUGUCCCCGCCUCCUCGUCUCCCUCUUCCAUCAUCCCUCCCUCAACCCAAUCCCCGCUCCCCGAACCCUCCAAAUCCAUCAAGCCACACCGCCACUGCCUCACACGCGACCAACGACGCGACAUCCUCCUCAUGCGUAGUCUAGGCCACACGUACCACCAGAUUUGCAAACACCUGAACGUGCCCUUUGGCGCCGUCCAAUAUACCUGCCAGAAACGCUCUGCCUCUCCCAAGCGUCGGCCUGGGAGAGCCAGGCGCCUUACUGACGAAAAGCUCGACGAGAUCGAAACCUUUAUAACCUCCUCCAUACAGAAUCGUCAGAUGACGUAUCAGGAGGUGGUCAACGCGCUGGGUCUGGAUGUAAAGGAGGAUACAUUGACCCAAGCGCUUAGAAAGAGGGGUUUGGUGAGACAGAUGGCCUUUUUAAGGUCGCCCUUGGCGGUGGGAAACGUCACCGCAAAACCAAUCCGAACAUACCUAACCUGUAGGAAAAAUGAGGAGAUAGACUCCCCCCUGGUCGUGGAAGUGAUCAAGCGUAAAACAGGGUGAUUCAUACCUCUACUCCCUUCUCUCGCUUGACAUAUUACACUCGCUGUUGGAGGGCUUUUCUUUUCCUCUUCCUGCACCUAAAGGCAGGCGGACGUCCAGAACUAACGUAGGUAUUCAUAUGAUUGAUUGGAUAUGGUUCUGCAAUUAAUUCAGAACCUAUAUCUCCUCCCAUGCACGCAGCCGACUCUUCCCUGAUAAAUAUAGCUGCACAAUUGCCCAUGGAAGUAUCCCUGUAAACGGAUACAGGGCAGUCCGUACAGGGGCAGAGGAACGAGUGGUUGUCUCCCCUAGUCGCAUGACAAUGGAUAGUUUGUCAAUGUCGCCGGGAUCUUACGAUGGUGCGAUCGGGGGCCUGAGCUCCCCUCCCCCCGGCUUUUCCUCCCCCUUUCCGGACAAGGCACCUUUUUGACUUUUUUAUUUUUGCCCGGUUGUUGAAAAUAUGAUCUAUGUAAUUUUGCCAUUCCUUUUGCACUGCAGUUGUUUCCCCUUUUGCUUGUCCUGGAUGUUCUGUAUUUCUUUCUAUUCUCCAAUUGCUCUAUACCCAAUGUGUCAUAUGCAUUUCAUGGACGGAGUAACACGAACGAUUAUUACCGUGCAUAUCCGCUUGUGUGUAGAAAUUGACAGCGAAUUUUGAAUCUAUACUGGA